UUGAAAGAAUACGUGAGAAAUGAAAUUAUAUUCUUUUUUGUAAUUCGUUCAUUCUUGGCAAUAAAAUGUUAAAAUAUAAAUUCAACCAAGCAUGAAGCAAGAUUGGAAACAUUUGUGUGUACACACAUAUUUUUAUAAAAAAUAAACUAUAAAAUGUUUUAAAAUGUAUAAUCGACAUGUUAUUUUUGUUAUUCAAUUAUAAUUAUGUACUGCCUUGUAUUGGAGUUUAUUUAAGAUUAUGAAUAAAAAGAACUACAACAACAUGCUUUUACGACGUAGAUUUUGUAAGCGAGUUAUCCUUAUGGUAACCGCCUUUGCUAUAUCGUUUUACGCUUCUGUUCUUUUGUUUGGAGGUCUUAAAGGCCCUCAAGUGAUGCAACUCACAGAUCUAAACCGUUGCCCAGCUUGUUACGGGGUUACCGUCUGUCCUGAAUUAUAUUCAAAUCAAAUAACAUUAGAACAUUCUCAGUGGUCUAACAUGUUCAAUGCUAAGAAUAUAUUUUAUGGAUAUACAAAAUCGAAUCGACGUGUAGUAUUAAAAAAGCUUGCACACGACUGGGAGAUGAGCGAGUUUGAUACGAAAAUUUGUAAAACAUUCAAUUUAAAAUAUAAUUGUAAGCCCAUUGAACUUCUUAAUGUUUCCAAAGUCGAUGAUAAAGUAUUAAAAACUGUGGAGUAUAACAUAACUUGGCCUGAUGCUGAACCAAGAAAAGGACUAGUUUUGUGUCCUUAUGCAUAUAGUCUGUAUGAGCUACUACAGCCUAUUAUAAACAGCAGAAAAGGAAAUUAUAAAUCUGAAAUGUUAAAUAUUUGGACAAUACUAAAUAUCAACCCAGAACCUAUUAUAUUGCAGGUGAUACCCAAAUCUAAAGGAUGGCCAGUGCCACCCUAUGGGGGAGUGUGUGGUAGAUUGGAAGUUGUUGGUUAUGAAGGUGAACCUCUGUCAACACUCCACAAUGUAGCUUGGCACAGGAAAUUAAAGUAUGCACAGAAAAUAUUAGAAGCUGCUAUGGAUUUUACUUUUAAACAUGACAGAUUUCGUUUUUAUCUAAUGGAUUGGUCCCUUGAUAACAUAGUUGCUAAUGAAAAGGAUGAAAUCACAUUCAUAGAUUUAGAAGAUUUAGUAGUACUUGAUAAACAUAUAUCCCCUAAAAAGGACCUGCCUGAUUGGUAUAAACGCUAUAGCCGAGAUAUCAUGGGUUCCGGAUUUACAUUUUCAAUUGAAAAUAUGUGCAAACAUCAUCUCAGUGACCAUAACUUGUGGGCCGCUUGUUAUAUUCUGGCUGGUGAUGAAAAUCCAUUAUUGUAUCCUAUACCCAAGGAGAUUAAUUCGUCAAGACCUCAUUUUGAUAGAUUAUUAAGUGCCUGCCUUAAUGGUGAUGACAGAUUUCGAACGAUAAGCAAGCUCCAACAUGUUAUUGAAGAAAUGUUAACAGAUAAACAGGUUUUAGGAUUUGGUAUAAGAUGAGAAAAUCUUUUAGAGGAGUAAAUCAAUCUGAUUUUUUUUAUUUAUUUUAAAUUAUCUGUGAUAUUAAUAUUGUAUAUUAUUUAAUUUGUCUAUGGGUUGUGUUAGUUUUUUUUUAAUUUUUAUUUAUUGUGUUAAAUUUUAUUGUACUAUAGGUAAUAGUUUGUAGAUUAAUGAAAUAGUUGUAUGAAAUUUUAUACUACUUAAAUUUUAAGCAAGAGUUUACAUCUUGCUAGU